UAUUGAAAACAAAACCUUGUGACUGCUUUAACUGUAUCAUUUUUGCGAGUGUGACGAUCCACACGUCCCCGAGUUCGUCUCUGAAUGGCCGCCGCAGCACUUUACGGUAUCGGUACUGAGACGUGUGGGUCCGAUACCAGUGCCAGUUCCACUAGGCAGGCACCGAUACUAUCGGUACCAGUACCGGUACCCGCCCCGCCGCCGCUGGCCACAUUCCGCCCGCCAGGCCCGGAGGAGGCAGAGCCGCGGCGCCCUGACAGGCUGCGGGUGACCCUGGCCCUGCCCUGCCCCGCCCCCGGCCCGCGCCCCGGCGUUCGAUGGUAGCCCCCUACGUGGCGAGGUAGUGGUCGGUGCAUGACACGCCGCCGUCAUGCCCGUGGUGCUGGACAGACUGCCCCUGCCCAACCUGACGUGGUACACGGGCCUCAGCGUGCUGCUGCUGGCCUGCUCCGUGUACUACGCGGGCGUGCAGGUCGCCCUCAACCCCCACUGGAAGGAGCGGCUGCUGGAGAGGAGCCAUGGCAGGGACGAGGAGGUGUCCCUGUACCACGUCAGCGAGGCCCCCGGGGGGGAGGGGCGCCACAUGACCCCUUACCUCAUCCCGGAGGUCAUCAGCUUCAUGUUCCACGAGCCGCUCUGCAUCUGGACCCUGAUUAACAUGGCUUACUGUGUCCUCAUUCUGUUGGGCACUCUGGUCCAGCGUCUGGUCUUUGGUGAGCUGCGAGUCUCUGAGCAGCAGCACAUCAAGGACAAGUUCUGGAAUUUUGUAUUUUACAAGUUUAUCUUCGUCUUUGGCGUCAUGAAUGUUCAAGCCAUGGAUGAAGUUGUCUUAUGGUGUUCUUGGUUUAGUGUCUUGGGUUUCCUGCAUCUCCUUGCCCAGCUUUGCAGAGAUCGUUUUGAAUAUUUGUCCUUCUCAGCCACCACCCCGCGCAGGACACACAUUCGCCUCCUGGGCCUGCUCAGCAUCAUCCUCACAAUUGCCACAUUCUGUCUCCUCAUCUGUGUUGUGGUUGGUUGUCAUUCUGGCAUAAAUACUUUUGCCUUCAUGGUGGCCGAGUGUAUACUCCUGAUAGUUCGAACCCUGUAUGUGAUCACCCGCUACUGUAUCUACCUCUGGGAUGUCACACACGAAGGACUGUGGGACAAGCGUGGACGGUAUGUGUAUUUUACCGGGCUGGUCUUUGAGUUAAGUGAGUUGGUGAUUGAUAUGGUCCACCACAUUCACAUGCUAGUAUGGGGCAACAUGUUCCUCACUAUGGCAUCACUGGUUAUAUGCAUGCAGUUACGACUCCUCUUCUACCAGCUUCAGCACAAAAUCAAGUCUCACCGUAAUUACCUCCGUGUGCUCCAGCUUACGAAUAUGUACCCUGAGGUGAGUGGUGCAGACAUCUUGGCUGAGGACAGUACAUGUGCCAUCUGCUGGGAGCACCAGGAGAGUGGCCGGUGCCUCCCUUGCUCCCACGUCUUUCAUGCAUCCUGUCUCCUGGCCUGGCUGCACCAGGACCUGUCAUGCCCAACAUGUAGGCACAAACUACAUAAACCUGAAUCGAAUGAGUCUGGGUCAUUGCUGGAUGGCUUGCUGCCUGCUGGGGAGGAGGGCGGCCUUGGGCAGGACAACAGCGUCUCUGAUGUCACACAUGGAGCAGGGGGGACCUUUCCUUCUCCUGCUGCACCAGAAGGUUCCGGCACUCCAGGCUGGCGCUAUGUCUCCUGGCUGCCCAGUUUCAGCGUUGAGCAGAGCCACACACAGCUUCCCCGGCAUCAACAAGCCAGUGCACAACCGUCAUCAACAUCACAGUUGGACAGCCUUGCUAGACAGGUACAGCAAAUGUUUCCUGAUGUGUCUUAUUCGCAUAUUUUGGAGGACUUACGACACACCCACUCCUUAGAGGUCACAGUUGACAACAUUUUGGAGCAGCGAUUAGUUAGUCCACCUCCAAUGUUCACCUCUCACAACAGCCCCAGUUCCUUAUACGAUGAGACAACAGAAGAGACAGAUAAUGUUCCUCAGACCAAUACAGACGAGGAUAUUAAUGAAGAAGAGGAACACUUUCAAGAUGCCCUGUCACUCCCACAGAAAAAAUCAUAUUCCCCUUUGAUCCCAGAGUUAUCUAUGAAGAGCAGCAGCAGUGGUUGUGAAGACUCCAGUGACACAGACUCAGAGGGAAAUUGGUCGCCUGUUGGAUCUGUUGGAACUGGUGGACGGUUCAGCAAGUCUCCAAGAGAAAGAGAGCAGAUGCUGGCUCAGCGGAAAACGGCACUCCUGUCUCAAGCCCGCCGACGGUUUGUCUCUCAGUCCAGAGGUGAUCCUGGUGACGGGGAAGGAGCGGCCCUCCAUGAGGAGGGAAGCUCAGACUCCUCCCACACAAGUAAGGCCUCGGUUUAGGAGUCUGUGUGUGUGAAGUCAAAAAGCUCUUCUGUUAGUUUCUCAGGUGUUACUGUGGUGAAAUUUGGGUGUUGAUAUAAAAUUUGACAUUUAAAUUUGGUUUUGAUAGUUUGCUGUAUUAUUAUUAUUUAUGUUAUUAUUAUUAUUAUUAUUAUUAUUAUUAUUAUUAUUAUUAUUAUUAUUAUUACCAUUAUUAUUAUUGUUAUUAUUAUUAUUAUUAAAUAUACUAUAUAUUUUUUUCUACCUUCAUUGGGUAUAAUAGGACACUGAUCCAAAGGUGAAUUAAACAUAUAGUUUAGUUAGUCUUGCUGAAUCUGUAUGAUGCACAGUAAAUUAGAGAAGUUGCAUUAUGUAUAUUUGAUUAUAAAACACAGUGCCAAAAACAUAUUGUGGUGAUAUAUAAAUUUAAGAAGUGAUUUUGAGGUAUAAAUAUUUAUAUGAUCGAAUUUAUACUGAUAUUUCAUCUAGGAUACUUGACAUGUAUGAUGUACCUUAGUGAUGUGCAAGAAAUUUGUGUAAAGCUUAUUCCAGAAAGUGUGGGAUGGAUACAAGGAUUGGGAGUAACAAGGGUCUUUUGAGUCCUGUUCCCUUUAGGAGGAGGGAAUGUAUAUUCACUGGUGUUUGUUCAUACAGAUGCACAUUUUCCAUAAUAUAUGAAUUGUGAAUUUGGGCAGAUAUUAAGUCUUGAACAUAUAGUGGCUUAAAGUGAAUAAAUCUUUAUAAGGAAGCCUCUGAGGUGGCCUUCAAUUUGUUUGUUUGAACUUUGUGGUUACACACAUUUUGAUUGCUUUCACGUGUGUAGAAUAGGUUAUGUUGCAUUGUCUUACAUGUUUUCCCUUUUUUUAUAUGCAUGAGCAAUUUAGAUUAUGAAAUCUUUCCUUGUUGGGUAAGGAGUUAUAUUUCACUCUAUAGUAUGUAACCAAAAUGAUUUGAAACAUUAUUUUUGUAUUUCUAUUAUGAUAAUAAUAAUAAUGAUUAUUAUUAUUAUUAUUAUUUUUAUCAAUAUUAUUAUUGUUGUAUAUUAUCAAGACCCACAAUACCUGUUUGGUAUAUGUGAUUUUUGAGGAUGAUAUACUCUUCACAUCAUUGCAUUUUGCCCCCCAUAAGAUGCAGAGUGUAAGUUAGGUUUGGAUGAAAGUGCUGCUAGUCUUUAAGGUAAGAUACAAAGUGAUUUUUAAGGGUGUUAAUGUUGGAGAAAUGCAUCUUAUAGGCUGCAAAAUACAUUGUUAGUCUUACAGCUAAUAAUGUCUAGAACUGUUUUAAUCAGUUUUAAUCUAAAUAUUGCAUGUAGUACAUUGUGAUAGGACUUCUACUUGUGAUGAUGAUAUAGUAAGCCUUGCUAUGUGAGAAAUUAGUGCUUCAUUCUGUAAGCUGUUCCUUCCAAUCACUCCUGUAGAUGGAGAGACAUCUGAAAAGUUAAGAAGUCGGAGGGGCAACAGAUCGUGAAUUAAUUUUUGUGUAUGGACAGCAAAUGUUCAUGUAACGAAAAAAAACAUUGUUAACAGGCAUGCUGUGACAUGAGGAUCUCAGACUCUUUGAUUCUCAAGGAUAUGUGUGGGGGAAUGCCUUAGGUGGUAAAGAAAAUAUAUAGGCAUGAAAGUUGCAAGGGAUGUUCAUAUUCACUCAGAGUAAGAGGAGUUAGUUGACAAUCAAGUGAUGAGAGGAAGAAAGGCUGCAUAAUGGUGGAUGGAAUGAUACACUUUCUCACUAUUCCCUGCCUAGCCUUCUAAUCAGCUGUUGAACUUGGUGUGAUCUGUUCUCUUAUGAAACUUCCUUAAUUUUUGAAAGCCUUUAUUAUUUUGGUUAUUUUCCCUAAAAAAUUUAUGACAUGCACAACAUUUUACCUUUUUUUUUCUCCAUGGAAUCUAAUGAGAUGCGCUUUUAUUCUAAGCUGACUUUAUUGAGAUUUUGCAAGCCAAUCAGAAGAGCAUACUAGGUUUGGUGAAUUGGAUGGAUCUAUGUGCUAAAAGAUUAUUGGCAUAAUCUAUAAGCAAUGGUGUAAAGAAAGAUUUUGACAGUAAUGGACUUGGGCUUAGCACCAGGUCCCUUCAAUUAAACUUGCAGGCACAAUGGGUUAACACAUUGAAAAUAGAAGAAAAAAAAUAUGUAUCAUCAUGCUCUGUUAAUGAUUUAUUUAUAUUUUUAUACAACAAUCCCUUUCCCACUUGUGGUGAGUGAUGGUAAACUCAAGUGGAAGAAAAUGUUUUAUAAGAGGGGAUUACAAGUCCUCCAUUGUCAUCUCUUGCAGUGUCUCCUCUAUAAAAGUCUUAGUUGUUGAGUACUCUUAAGCUAAUGUCCAUAUGUGGAACAUGGAAGAUAGAGUUUGAGGUAGUACAUCAUUGUCAGAAUUUGAUAUAUAACAAUUAAAGUAUGACAAUACACACACACACACACACACACACCACACACACAAAAAAAAAAUAUAUAUAUAUAAAUACAAAUAUAAAUAUCACAAAAGAAAGAACGGAGUGUGUUUUGGUCCAGGAUAAUUAGUCACUUGUAAAACAGCAAGUUAAUCUACAAAUGUCAGGGAUCUACUGUAUAUGGGUGUGGCCAUUGUAACCUCUUCUACUUCUUGCCUCGUGAUAAUGUUUCUUUCAAGUAUUAUGAUUGCGACUGCUUCCAGUAAAGGGUCGCUUACAAGAGAUGGUGUGGGGGUGUUGUGUGGGAUGCAGUUUUAGCUGAGCACAGCUAAUCCAUUGUCCAGCUGGGCCAGUUGGUCAGUCACCCCCUCCCCCCACGAGCGGUAUUUGCCAUAAUGUGCUCUAGUGAAUGUAGUCCUACAAUGUGUUGAACAAAACAUUCGCAGGAGGCAAGAGGAAACAGAAAUGGUGACACUGGUUACACUUGUAUUGCUGCUACAUCUUGCCUGCCAUAAUGUUUACAAAAUACAGGUACUCCCUUAGCUUUUCCCCAUGUAUCAACUCCCCAACUCAUUUGGCUUACUCUGUCAUCUUGGCACUUGUAACCUCAGCAAAGAAACAUAAUGUUUAUUGCUGGGUACAUUGGAGACAUUGGUGUGGAACCGGCAAUCUGACAUGCGUGGAUAGGUGCAGUCAGCACUGUGACCCGAGUCAUUUCAGUACCAUAUUUGCCAGCAUUGAAGACCCACCCCAUUUUUAGGGGCUAUAUUUUGAAAAGAAAAUAAGUAAACAACACAUAAUACAAUAAACAGUAAAUAGAUAAUGAAUUUAAACCUAAACUUGAUAAUAGAAGAUUUGCAGACCGGACCCCACAAGUGUAGCUCACUUCCUAUACAUCACAAUUAUGUAAACACACACACACACACACACACACACACACACACACACACACAC